AUGGCCAACCCACCUGCUGCCGGCGACAAGCCUGGUGGUAGCCCCAAACAAGCAGAGUGGGACGAGAAGGAGCUGCAAGACUCUCUCGAGCACCUCAAACUCUUGCACAUCAAGCUCCGGGAGCUCAGGACAACCAUCCCUCGAAUGCUGGAGCCACUGAAAGAGAAGCAGCAGAGUCCUGAGGCCCUAUUCACUUCGUUUUCCAACGCCGUCACAACGGGCCAUCGUGAGGUCCAAGAUUUUACCGAAAUGCGAAAAGAUGCCAAAACGACGAGAAUACUUGAUCAUGCGGCACAGAGGCGAAAAGAGGAACCAAAGGGGAUCAAGCCUUGGAAUGGGAAGCAGGACCCAGACUGGAUGACGCCUCCUGGCUCGUCUUAA